UACGUCUCAUGCCCUGCGAUGGUCAAGACGAUCUGCUUUUUUGGAAUCUGUGAUUGUGGGUAGCCAUCUUGCUGGAUCUCAGGCAGGUGUUUCGAUGCCCUGAUUUGGUCGAAUGUUCAGCCCACCGGUUGCCCCAUAGGCCAUUGAUCCUCUACUUUGUUGCACUUGUCUCCUUCUCUCUGAUCAACACCUACCUAUUUCACCCACCUAUACGCCUAUAUCGCGCUCUGUACUCAUUCAUUCUGGAACACAGCCAUCUAUACUAGCGCCACUACAUACAAGUACCGACCCGUUUUGACACACAUGACAUUGCCUCGUCGAUACCUCUUCGACACAGCCGCCUCGAUGGCAUCAGAAGCCUAUCUUCGCCCGCCUCACCCCCGAAGGCCGACUGCCCAGCGCUCAGUCUCUCUUCGACACAGCAGACCUUCGCCAGACUCCAAGGACACUAGAAGCUCUCAGACUGAAGCCUCCAGUGGCUCGCCGUCGAGCAACAAGCCUAAUGUUAGCAAGGCCGACUCGGGCGAGAGCAGCAACGCCGACAAAUGGUUUGAAGGCGCCAACAACAACGCCGACGGCAAGAACAACACAUUAGGUGACAACGACCCCCCGUUUUUCCUUCAAAACUCCAGCUCGGAAGAGACUCCGAAUUAUCUAGGCCCAAGCGCUAUGCUCGAGCAAUCCAUGCCAAUGCAUGCUCUACUACAUAAGAACGAUACCGAAGACAGUGGCAGCUCAGAUUUCCGUGCUGUCAUUGAUGACCUCACCAUUCAGAACAAGAAGCUCAAGAAACGCUUGAAGAAGUACGAGAAACUCCACGACGCCCACCUCAAGGAUGAGAAACUCUUCGAGGUUCGCGUCCACGGUCUAUCGUCGAACAAGAGACGCGAACUUGAAGAGAUCCUUCGUACCUUUGCUGUUGGCGCUGCUGGUCAGCCGAGUGGCUCUGCCUCCCAAACGAGCAACCUAUACGACCGCGUUGUCCCAACUCUUAAAACUCACAAGACGGCCUCGUCCUCAUCCAACUUUGCCGACUCUGCUUACGCUUCCAACUCGGCUUCAGCCUCCGCCUCAGGCCUUUCUAACUCAAACAGUGGCCAGCAGAGUAAACAUUCUUUCCGUCGAUCUAACAAGAGUCGCCAAAGCAACAUUCAGACUUAUCUCCACGACAUUCCAGAGGGUCUGCUUCCGCAGCACCCUGCCGUCAUGACUGAAUACUCCAAGAAGAAGCUGGUUGUGCGCCGUCUGGAGCAAAUCUUUGCUGGAACUGGCGCCGUACUUGGGGAUCACCAUCACCCCAUUCAACAACAAGAGGUCUCACAAAUGGCUGCGAGGGCCGACAGAAGCGCCCUGGAGGCCAACGGUCAGACUGCUAAGAUCGAAGGCAAUAGAGAAGCCCCGAUUAUGAAGGACGACGAAGAACGAAGUGCUCAGGACUCUCCAGAACACAGCAGCGGUCCCGAAGUCACUCAGGGAAUUGAGCCUUCCCUAAAGGUCGUAGAGCAGGACUUCGCAGGUGUCUCACCUCAGCAAAGACCUACGAGACCUCUGGAUUUAGACCCUCAUCGAGCCCAGAAUCCUCGCGAUAACUUCCAGUACAUUCGCCACCUCGGCUUCUCACCACCUGAGCCCAGCACUAUGGAAGCUCAGGAGGGCGGCCAUGGCUGGAUCUAUCUCAAUUUCCUGUUCAACAUGGCUCAGCUUCACACUCUCAACGUCACUCCAGAGUUUGCUAAGAAGGCUCUGAUCGAUUUCAGCACAAAGUUUGAGAUCUCUGAAGAUGGACGCAAAGUCAGAUGGAAGGGCGGGAGAAACAUCACUAGAUCUGCCAGCGAGGCUGACAGCUCGCCAUCGACGUAUGGAAAUUCCCCUUACGACAAGUCACCUCUCAAACGAUCAAAGUCGUCACACCACAAACACGGUGGCAAAGACUCAAAGCGUAGAAUGCUCGAGAAGCAAGACAGCAGAUUUGCCUACACGCCACUGUUCUACCAUCGUAGCAGCGAGGACGACAGCGAUAUGUCUUCUUCGGAGGAUGAGACCGAAUCUCCAUUCGUGGGCCCUCCAGGGGGUGACUCUUCUGCCAUGACCAGUUCUGGCAUUCGAACCGUCUCAUUCAGACAACAGAAGAAGAAGACAGAUAACGGACCCAUCAUUUUCUACAACAAUGCUAGGUUUUGUACCGACCUUAGCGGCGAAUCCACGACGGAAGUGGACAUGACAAACAACAUGCUGAUGUACCACCCCAUGACCGAUCAUGCCCUUGGUAUUCCAAAGUCUCCGGAACCAGCACCAAAGGACGUUCUAGAGCACCGCGGUCCUCUCAACAAUGCAAAGGACCUGCCUGAAGCCAUGAGCCUUAAUGACAACCCGAUACCCGAAGCUCUUGAAGUCAGCUUCCCUAGCGUCUCACCCAUGUCGCAGGCCGGACCCACCAGAAGCCCAAUCGCUUUGGAGGCUUCCGGUAUUGGUGGUAUCUGCCCCUCCGACAACUUCCUAAUCAAUGUCAGGACUGAGCACAAGCGUGUUUAUGGCGCCCCGAUCCAGCCCGCUCCGAAGAAAGCAUACCCUGCCCAUAUUGCCUCUUUAUUCAAGGAGAGUGGCCGUCAGCAGCAGCAAACGCCUUUUACGGACUAUGUUGUCAAGACGUUCCACCAAGAGUUGCCACCUUCUGAGCUUCCUCCUGCUUCCUGUUUCAUGGAUGUGGACGAAUUUGACGAUGAUGAGUCAGAGUUUGGCGAUUAUCAGUCUAUCGUUCCCGAGAUGGAUCGUAUGCACGACGUUCCAUCCACAGCUCCGCAAACCAUCGACAUGCCGUAUUUGAGCAGCGACGAGAGCGGUGAGGAAGAGGACGAAGAAGAUGAUGAUGCUGCAUCAGAUGGCUCCCUUGAUCUGCUUGCCACUGCCCGCAAGCUUGAUCCUCAAUCCGUUCAGGCGCGCGAGCGUGAAUAUGACGCCCACAUGGCUGAGCGAUUGGCCGAAGAGAUCCCUGCCGGCAGCUCUGCAGCUACAGCAGGUGGUGGCAGCGGCUUUGCUAGCCCGAUAGCUGGUAUCAGCCGCAAGGAGUACGAAGCUGCAAAAGCAGAGCACAUGAAGCGCCAUGCUUCCACCAUCGCGUCCGCAGUAUCAAUCCCGAGAACCGAGACGAACGAAUCAAUGAUUGUCAAUGGCCAGUCGCCUUGAUGAAAGACAUGUAUAUGGUUGUAAUUCAUUUGCAUAGUUGAAGGCGUAUGUUUUGGAUGAUUUGUUUUUGGAUAUGGUUUUAACAAGAUACCCCCCCAUCAAUAUGGG